GAGCGAAGCAAAAGAAAAAAAAGAAAAAAAAAAAAACAAAUUCCGUUAGAUAGAGAGGUUCUGGAGAAUUCCCGGUGAGCGGUGAGUUGAGUAUUAACGCUCCUCGUGGCGACUGUAGUGAACGCGCGAGCCUUCAUGGAAGCGGAGGCGAUUGGGGUGUCUAAGGCGACGGCGGCGUCAGUGGAAGCGUCGACGGUGUUUCCUGGGUUUAAGUUUUCGCCGACUGAUGUGGAGCUGAUUUCGUAUUACUUGAAGCGGAAGAUGGAUGGUUUGGAGAGGUCCGUCGAGGUUAUACCGGACGCUGACAUUUACAAUUUCGAGCCUUGGGAUUUGCCCGAUAAGUCGAUUGUUAAAUCUGAUAGCGAGUGGUUCUUCUUCUGUGCCCGUGGCAAAAAGUAUCCACACGGUUCACAGAACAGGAGAGCAACAAAGAUGGGAUACUGGAAAGCCACUGGGAAAGAACGUGAUGUGAAGUCGGGUUCUGAGGUCAUUGGAACAAAGAGGACGCUUGUUUUUCAUAUUGGUCGUGCACCAAAAGGCGAAAGAACUGACUGGAUUAUGCACGAGUACUGCAUGAAAGGAGUAUCUCUGGAUGAUGCUAUGGUUGUUUGCCGGGUCAGGAGGAACAAAGAAUAUCAUAGUGGUACAAGUCAGAAGACACCACAGCCAAAUUUAGCAGCCGAGAAACAUGUUACUUUGCAAAAUGGUGCUACUAGUUCAGAGAGCCCAUCUGAUUGGGACAACUUGGUUGAUUUUUACCUAGCAGAUGAGUCAGGGGAGAAAUUACUUGCUGAGAUGGCAGAAUCAUCAGAAAAUCUACAGGUGCAUAAUGACGAGGAUUUCUUUGCGGAUAUACUGAAGGACGAAAUCAUCAAUCUUGAUGAAGCGGUGAAGACAGGGAACACACCAAACGAAAUCCCAACACUUGAAUCAGCAUCAAUGGAGAUAAGGGUACUUCCUUUGCCGAAUGUGAUAGACAAACAAAUGUCUUCUUUGUUAGAAGAAAGGCCAUCACAGAAGAAGAAAGGACAAGAUACCUCGGAAUCAUUAUCGAGCUGCUUCGUGGGUCUAUACUCGAUCAAAUCAGUGAACAGGGCACGAUGGGACGUAAUUAUAUGUGUAGUUGCUCUGAUAGCAAUGUUGUUUUAUCUAGAAUAAACCUUUUAUGGAAAAGUAGUAAACCAGUGUUCCUAAGUGUGUUCCUUCUCGAUGCGAUGUUUGCAAGAAAAUAUAGAUGAUGUUUUUUUUUGUGUGUAGGCGGUUUAUGUUUCUUGA